AGUUUUCACAGAUUGUAAAAAGGCAACUUGUGUUUCUUGUGAAUCUUGUGUUUGCAGCUGUCUAUGUUUUUAAGCACUGCUGGAUGUGAAGAUGAAUACCGCAGUCAUCAGUGUGUGUGUGAUGGUUGUGCUGUUUAUCACCAGAGAGACAGCCAGCAUUUCCCCAGAACUGGAAGUAGCAGCAAAUGCGUGGCAGGGCUCUCUGCCAUGUGGAGGCUGGAACUGUGAAUGCACAGCUAGGCAGCAGAGCUGCUGUUGUGCAGCUGCGCAGAUGGAUGAACUUGAGGACCAAAUGUUCACUCGCCUCUUAAACAUCUUUACUGCACUUUCAGAGCUUAAGACAGACAUUGAGCAGAUCACAGCUUGUAGGGGGGUUGCAUUUACCGCGAGUAUGUCUCAGAUGUUUGGAUGUUUUGGCCCCUUUACUUCCGAUUUUCCCAUUCCUUAUAGCAAUACCACACUUAACCAUGGCAAUGGAUACAAUUCUGCGCUAGGUAUCUUCACGGCUCCUUGUGCGGGCGUCUUCUCCUUCAGUCUAACGGUGUACUCAAACAAAGGAUCUGAAGGACAGCGAUUGUACCAGCGGGUGGCGCUAGUGAGACAGGGACGUGCUGAGGUCGCUACGUGGGAGGACAACCGGGAGGAUGCAGAAGACAGCGCCACACAAACGGUCCUGUUCAAUCUCAGAGCUGGAGAGCAGGUUUACGCACAGCUCAUGUCUGGCAGAGAAAUCUGUGGGGACAUAUGGGGCCGAAACAUCUUUAGCGGAUACUUACUUUAUCCUGCUGAGAGCUAAAACAGCACCACAGAGCUGCAUACGCAUUCAAACAUACACACAGACAGUGAUGUUAUCGUUAUGUUCAGUAGAAUAAACUAAGAUUUGUGAAGACAAAAUCAUUGCUAUGACCUCUGUAAAAGACACUUAGUUUCACAGACAAGGCUUUAAGUCCCACACUAAAAUAAGUCUGAGCUGUUUCAACUGAAAGAAACUUACACUAACUGAUCUUAAAAUAUAUCAGUGCCUUUGUUUUGUCUCAAGAUGCACACCAGUAAUGUUUUUUCAAAGGCACAGUUAUGAAAAUUAGUUAAAUGUCCUAAUUAAACUAUGGCCUAAUCCUGAU